UGGUGGAGAGAGAUCAAAGAAUGAAGGUGAGUGUGGAGAUAAUAACGGGAACGUUCAUAGAUACGGACGUGAGUGAGGAUGCGACGGUCAAGGAGUUGAAGGAGAAGGUCUCCGCUGAGGUGAAAUUACCGGUGACGCGUUUGAUUCUUGUGAUAGGAGAUGAAGGGGAGAGAAGGAUGGUGAUGGAGGAUGAAGAUGAAACGAGGUUAAGAGAUUUGGAAAUGGGAGAAUGGUCUCACAUGUAUUUGUUCUUUAAGCAUCCUGAUUUGGUUUCUGAGGAAGAGAAGAGAUCUAACGGAGGAGGAGAAGAUGAUGAUCCUAUGGAGGAGGUGUCUUCGGACGCAGAGAGUAGAAGAAGAAAUGAAGAAGAGAAUAUAAACGGGGAGGAGGAGGAUGACAAGGAGAUGAAAAGUGAAGAAGAAGAAGAAGGUAGAGAUGAGAAAGUUGAAGAUGAAAAAGAAGAAGAGAAGGAGGAGAAUGGAGACAAAGCAAAGGACGAUAAUGGUGUUAAAGAGGAAGCAAUAGAGGGUGAAGGAGAUAACAAAGAGAGGAAAGAUAGAGUUUCUUGA